GGCGAGGACGUUAAAAGGCAGCGUGCGACUCCGGCCCGCACGGAACGGCGCGGGCGGCGGGUGCCCUCCGUGAAACCGGGGCCAGGACGCCGUCGCUGGCGCGCACCCGCCUCGGGCAGCGGUUUUACAAAAGAGACGAACUAUUCUACUUCUUUUAGAUUUUUUUCCAGUUUUUUCCUAUAAGUCAAAACAUCUCAAAAUGGAGGCCUAAAACUCUUAAAAGGGACUUAGUCUAAUCUCCGGGAGGUAGUUUUGUGCAUGAAUAAACAAAGUCGUUAACUGGAGUUUUUGGUGUCCAAAGAAUCUUAACUGUAUAAAUAGUAUAACUAUAAAGUAAUAAUAAGUUUGAUACUGAAUUUGACUUGUGGAUGUAAAGGAGUGACUGUAGCUGGGACAUACUGUUGAAGUUGUCCAGGCAGCUCUCUCACUGGCAGCUGUGUAGAACAGAAAAAAAAAGAACCUGUGUUUGGUAAAGGUUUAAAAAUGAGUGACAGUUUUCUGGAGCAAAGAGUCAGUGUUCAACCCUCUGCUAAAUUAGAGAAACGUGCAUAUAGAACCUUUGACAUGUUAAAGGAUUCCUGCAAGGAUAAAGAAAUGCCAAGAAGAGAACUUUUUGACAGGUGCAACAAAUCUAGAGAAAAUAGGAAAAAUAACUGUGAUGAUUGGUAAGGAAAUUAACCAUUUAUAAGACUAUUGAUAUUUUAAAAGCCAAAAAUCUAGUUUGUUCAGAUGGGCUAUUAUUACCUCUGGAAUGAUUAGAAUGAGAAUGAUGGCUGGAUGGUUACAUUUUGGUAAAUGAGCAAACUUAUUCAGAAAAAAAAAAAUCACACAGCAACAGUAAAAAACAAACAAACAAACAAACAAAAAAACCACCAAGAAGGUGUUUAUAACCAUGCGUAAAAUUUUUGACUAAGGAAAAGAACUGAGGUUAGACACAAUAACUCACCUUGGAGGGAAAUAAUCAGUGGUACUGAGAUAUGUUUCUCCUGCUAUCUGGAAAUAGGGCAUUCAAGUCUGCAGCAGGAAGCCCCAGCAUUUGUGGGACCCAGGAAUCAUGCUUGCAAAUCACUUCUAGAAAAACCAUGACCUGUUUAUUGGACACUGUUGAUUUUGGUGCAUAUCCUACUUACUAAGAGCUAGUUAUAAUUGAGAAAUUCUGAAUUUUGAGGUUUCUGCUAUUCAAAAGAAGUGGAUUGUGACAAAGUAAAUUUAUUAGUUUUUGUCAUGAUAAAUUCUGAUUCAGGGUAUGCUGUGAAAUAAUUGGACCAAAGCCAAUUUUUUUGGUACUUUUUUUUUUUUUUUUUGAUUAUCCAUCUUCGCUUGCAGACUCAGCACUCUGACUUUUAACUGUUUUAAAAAAUAAAUCCACUAGCAGGAGAUUUGAUGUUGGCUCUCAACAGCUGAUCCAAAAAGCCCAAGUGAGCAAGUACAUUCAUCUCUGAUAAUUUAUUUGAAAUAGAAUGUUUAAUUUGUUAAGAUCUAAUGAUACCGCUAUGACUAAGCAAGCAGGUACCGGACCAUCUACUGGGAAGUAAUCAUUAUUUAAUAAAUCUUGAAACCAAGUCUUGAGAUGUAUCAGCCAAUCUCUUACUAUUUAAGCUCUUUAUUUGGAAGAAAAUUUUAGAUUGUUUUGUUCUUAUUAAAAUGAUUGUAGGAAGAAAAAUUACCUAAUUUGAGCAAGAUUUAGCAUAUACCGUAUUUCAUUAACUAAGAUGUCAUUUGUAAAACACACCAUUAUUUUAUCUACCUCUAAGAAAUAAAAAUGCUAUUAAAAUGAUAUACCGUUAAUUGUAAGAUUCCUCUCUGUAACAGAGAUAUUAAAACGUGCAUCUUAGAAUCAGUGAAACAUGGUCUGAGGUGGAUCUUAUGCCUUUUUUUUUUUUUUCUGGCUGCCAAAUUUCACAGUUUAAAAAAAAAGCAAAUAGGAAUAAUUUGAAUAUUUUGUGCGUCUAGAACACUUACACAGCAUAGCUUUCUACUGUGUGAGGCAUUUUUUCUUCAGGCUGGCCAAGUGUCACUGAAGCAUGCUAGUGGAGAGGGUGACCCACCUGUGGAGAUGCCUGACACUAAGUGGCAUCUUGAUGACCUAAAGCACUAUUCAUGUUUACAUUGUAUGUAUAAAGAGUAUACAAAGGUGCAGAUUGUACAUAAUUGUCCCUUGCAAUGUGUCAGUAUAGAAUUUACAAUCUUGCUGUGAUGAAAUCCUAAAUGCAUAGAAGAAAAAGAAUGACAGAUUUCCUGUUCUAAGUGAAGAUAAUGAAAUUAAUAAAAAAAAAAAAAAUCAAAAGCCAUGCACAAAACUACCUCCCCAGAGAAAGGCUAGUCCCUUUUCCCCCAUAUCCGUUUUAUUAUGAACAUAGUGGAAAACAGCAUGUUUUUAUCAAAUUUGAUGAAAAGUGCCAACACAUUUGAAUUGAAAUACGACUUUUCAUGUGAGCUGUACCGAAUGUCUACGUAUUCGGCUUUUCCUGCUGGUGUGCCUGUCUCAGAAAGGAGUCUUGCUCGUGCGGGUUUUUAUUACACCGGUGUGAAUGACAAGGUCAAAUGCUUCUGUUGUGGCCUGAUGCUGGAUAACUGGAAACACGGAGACAAUCCGAUCGAGAAGCAUAAAAAGUUGUAUCCUAGCUGUAGCUUUGUCCAGAGUCUAAGUUCAGUUAACGUUUCGGGAGCCACUUCUCAGCCUCCUUUUCCUUCGUCAGUAACAAAUUCCACACAUUCAUUACUCCCAAGUUUGGAAAACAGUGGCUAUUUCAGCGGCUCUUACACAAGCUUUCCAUCGAAUCUUGUAAACUCCGGACCAAACCAGGAUUUCUCUGCCAUGAGGAUGAGUCCCUACCGUUGUGCAAUGAAUACUGAGAAAGCCAGAUUGCUUACUUUCCAGAUGUGGCCAUUGAGCUUUCUGUCGCCAGCAGAUCUGGCGAAAGCAGGCUUUUACUACGUAGGACCUGGAGACAGAGUGGCCUGUUUUGCCUGUGGUGGGAAAUUGAGCAACUGGGAGCCGAAGGAUGAUGCCAUGUCAGAACACCUGAGGCAUUUCCCCAACUGCCCGUUUCUAGGAAAUCAGCUUCAAGACACUUCAAGAUACACUGUUUCUAAUCUGAGCAUGCAGACGUACGCAGCCCGCUUUAAAACCUUCUGUAGCUGGCCCUCUACUGUUCCGGUUCAUCCUGAGCAGCUUGCAAGCGCAGGUUUUUAUUAUACGGGUAACAGUGAUGACGUGAAAUGCUUUUGCUGUGAUGGUGGGCUGAGGUAUUGGGAAUCUGGAGACGACCCGUGGGUGGAACAUGCCAAGUGGUUUCCAAGGUGUGAGUACUUGAUACGGAUUAAAGGACAAGAGUUUAUCAGUAGAGUUCAAGCCAGUUACCCUCAUCUACUUGAACAGCUGUUAUCUACUUCUGACAAUCCAGAAGAUGAAAAUGCAGAGUCACCAAUUAUUCAUUUUGGACCUGGAGAAAACCAUUCAGAAGAUGCAGUCAUGAUGAAUACACCUGUGGUUAAAGCUGCUUUGGAAAUGGGCUUCAGUAGAAGGCUGGUAAAGCAGACAGUUCAGAGCAAAAUCCUAACAACUGGGGAGAACUACAGAACCGUUAGUGAUCUUGUGUUGGAUUUACUUAAUGCAGAAGAUGAAAUAAGGGAAGAGGAGAAAGAAAGAGCAACCGAGGAAAAAGAAUCAGGUGACCUGUCAUUAAUCCGGAAGAACAGAAUGGCACUUUUUCAGAAUUUGACUUGUGUGCUUCCAAUCCUGGACAAUCUGCUAACUGCCAGAGUGAUUAAUGAACAAGAACAUGACGUCAUUAAGCAGAAAACACAGACAUCUUUACAAGCAAGAGAACUGAUUGAUACUAUUUUGGUAAAAGGAAAUUUUGCAGCCACCAUAUUCAAAAACUCUCUACAAGAAAUUGACCCCAUGUUAUACAAGCAUUUAUUUGUGCAACAGGACAUAAAGUAUAUUCCUACAGAAAAUGUUUCAGAUUUACCAAUGGAGGAGCAAUUGAGGAGACUACAAGAAGAAAGAACGUGUAAAGUGUGUAUGGACAGAGAGGUGUCCAUAGUGUUCAUUCCUUGUGGGCACCUGGUAGUGUGCAAAGACUGUGCCCCUUCUCUAAGGAAAUGUCCUAUUUGUAGAGGUACCAUCAAGGGCACGGUCCGUACAUUUCUCUCAUGAAGAUCUAAGAUUUUGUCUGAACUUUAAAAUUAAUGGAUUAAAUGUAUUUAAUUUUAAGUUUUAUACUUAUUUGGCUUCGUCAAGAUUUUUUAUUUAUUUACAAUUCAGAAAAUUGUGUUUCCACAAAAUAUGUAUAAAUAUUUUUAUAUAAAUCUAAAGCAUGAACAUGUGUAUUUUAGAUAACAAGGGAAUGACAGACUUUUGUUCUUGUGAACAAAAAAUAGCAAUAGCACUACAAGCACAAUACUAAAUAGAAAUUGCAGCACUUUUGAAAUUGGAAGUACGGUAAAAUUGCAGAUUUUUGGACUAUUUUAGAAUUUUAAAUAUUUUGGAGUUGUAUUAAGGGUCAAGAACAUGAAUUCUCUUUUUGGAUCAAUGUCAUAUACAUAGACAUAGAAGGUCUUGAUAUUUGUUGAAUGACAUUUUGGGGACAUGCUAUUUUUGUAAAGAAUUCUGCGAGGAAUAUUUUAAUAAAGCAAUCAAAAUCA